AUAAUUUACCAAAACCCUCAAGAAACAAUAUUCAUAGUUGAUAUUCCCACUUCCAUACAACUAGCUCAGACUUUACCCAAUAAUUUCGCCAAAAAACAGAGCAAAUUACUCUAUUCAACAGCAUUAAAAUCACCCUAUCCAUCUUCACCAGAGCCAAAAACCGACGCUGCUCGAGCUCGGGUGCUGGAACGGAUUCCCGAUUCGGAGAAAAGCUUUCUUGAAAAGACUGAUUACUUUGUGAAAUUUUCUUUUUGGGCACUCCAGGGACAACGUGGAUUAUCCGAUAUCUGGUGUUAUCCCAGGGUAAUUCUACAAGAUGGUGCGAGUGAAAGAGACGACCGAGUAGGCCCAGAUGAGUCAGUCGAUAUACACAAAAAGAAGCGAAAGUUUAAAAUUGAGGGACAAGAUUUGUCUGUCGAUAAUAACUGUGGGCCGCCGAUAAUAUUAUCAGCAUCAAGCAUUAAUGAGUUUUCUGGUUAUUCGGAUCUUCGGGGCGCAGAGGUCAGGAACCCGUCUCUUGAACCAGUCGUCAUACAAGUCAAAGACACGAAAGAUAGCAACCCCGACGAGGCUGUUACGAAAUAUACGAUUCCACCCAAAUCAUCAUUUGUCCUCAACACUUUAUCAGCUCCUUCUAUCACCAAAUCACUAAAUAUUCACAUCAUACCAAACAUUUCCAAAAUGUUAAAGUUCAAUAUCAUCCUACUUGACCCUCCCUGGCCGAACCGUUCUGUUCGGCGGUCUUCGCAGUACCAUACUCAUAGGUACCUGGAAAUGGACACUCUUGUAUCGAUUAUGAUAGAAAUUAUCCGCGCCCAUCUCACCAGCGAAGAAAAAGCGUUCGUAGCAAUAUGGACUACUAAUAACGCCAAAUCCCGCCAAUCUGUGUACGAAGCUUUUGAACUUGCAGACCUAGAAGUAAGUGAAGAAUGGAUAUGGCUCAAAGUUACAGAGCAUGGCGAGCCUGUGGUGCCUUUGAACGGAUUAUGGAGAAAACCAUACGAAGUUCUUCUUAUUGGGACACGAAAAGUGAAAGAUACGGUUGGAAACGGCGAAAUAUUAAAAAGGCUCAUUAUAGCUGUGCCAGAUAUACACUCAAGGAAGCCGAAUUUGAAAGAGCUGUUUGAGAGUUUGUAUUUUGGAACGAACGAGUACAUGGCUCUGGAAGUUUUUGCUCGGAAUUUGACUAGUGGGUGGUAUUCUUGUGGAAAUGAUGUGCUUCGAUUUAAUGCUGGCCAAUGGUGGUUGGAU